CUAUAUUCGAUCCCCUUCCUCCUCCUAAACAUCUCUCUGAUCUCUUCUGCAGCUCUCGUUGGAUUCUCAUGGCGAGGCCAGAGAUGGAUUACAUUCUCGUCCCUCUAGGCCUGAUAAUAAUGGUCGGCUAUCACCUAUGGCUUUUCCUCUACAUCUUCCGUCACCCCAGCAACAGGGGCGGCGGUGUGCAGACAGAUCAUGAACGGCUUGCCGGAACAAAGUUCUUCUCCAUCCUCUUGUGUUUUCUGGUAGCCUUUCUGCUGAACGUGCAGUCGGUGAGAUAUUAUAGCCAUGCAAGCGUUAUGAUAAACGUGCCGGAGAAGUGGGAGAGGGGGAGGAGAAGAAGGCCGGAUUAUGUGGCGAGUUUGCUUGACAGAGGGACUUACUGCUGGUCGCUGGGGCUCAGAGCUUGUUAUUUCUCCUUUCCUCUGUUUUUGUGGAUUUUUAGUGCGGUGGCUAUGGUGGCUUGUUGUGUUGCAAUGGUUGUGGUGUUGUAUUUUCUUGAUGUUUAUAUGGAUUGGGGUGAAGGUGAGGAGGAGGAGGGGGUUGGUGGUGUUUGA